AUCGGAAUCUCCAGCCAAAAAGAUUCAAAGGAGAGAGAAAUCGAGAAGCGCCUUUCCUCCCAUCGCUAUCUCCAUCUCCAUCGUCGCUCUUCCUCAAUUCCAGAACCAGAAAUCGAAGAACGAAACCCUAGAAAAUCUCUCCCCCUCCCCCACCAAAAUCCCUUCCCAUGUCGACGUUGCCCUCCUCCUCUUCCGCCUCCGCCUCUUCGCAGUUCACCUACCAGACCGGAUCUUCCUACUUCCCCCUCCCCUUCCACCUCCAGCAGCCCUCCGCCCCGUACGCCGCCGCCGCCGCCCCUCCCCCUCCCCCGCCUCCCGCCGCCGCCGCCGCCGCCGCCGCAGCAGUGGCCGCCGCCGCGACGGCCUACGCCGGGCCUGUCUACCCCGCUCCCCCGCCCGCGCCGAUCGCCGGCGUCUAUGCCCUCCCGCAGUUUCAGCAGGCGCAGCAAUUGUUUCAAAAGGAUGCGCAGAUUAUUACACCCGAAGCAAUCGAGAGUGUAAAAGCUGCUCUUGCCAGCAGUGACAUCGAACACAAAGCGGAAGCUAAGAAGAAAGCAGUACCUCGUAAAGCCGCUGGGCAGUCGUGGGAGGAUCCAACACUUGCGGAAUGGCCUGAAAAUGAUUAUCGAUUGUUUUGUGGUGAUCUUGGUAAUGAGGUGAAUGAUGAUGUACUUUCAAAAGCCUUUUCGCGAUUUCCUUCCUUUAACAUGGCCAGGGUUGUCAGAGACAAGCGGACAGGCAAAACCAAGGGCUAUGGAUUUGUUAGCUUUGCCAGCGUAACUGACCUCGCUGCUGCACUCAAGGAGAUGAAUGGUAAGUACGUGGGGAAUCGUCCGAUUAAGCUCCGAAAGAGCAACUGGAGGGAGAGAACUGAUUUUGAUGCUCUAGGACGACAUAAGAAUCAAAGUCAGAAGAAGCCAAAGCUUUCAAAGAAGGGGAUAUUUCACAAAUAGCUUUAGAACAUGACUUUUACUCAUUUUUAUGACCGUGAUCUUAAGAUUUUCGGGGUUUUUUCUCGCUGUGUAUUAAAUCUAGUGAUCCAUGGGCACAUUGAAGUCAAUCAAAUUAUGUAAUCACCCAAUUUCUAUCAUCUCAUCAGUUUCAGCGGUCUCAGGCCGUCUGCCUAAACGCCAUUGCAUACUGUCAAUGUUCAUGCCUAAAUGCCAUUUCAUACUGUCAAUGCCCGUUAUUUUAUCAUGGAAUGCCGGACGUAUGAUAA